GUCCUCCUCUCCGCCCCCGCAUGCCGAUGCCAGAAGUCCCUGGGGAGUGGCUGAAGUUGUAAAUGUCCCGGCUGCAGCUACAGACGCCAUGAGGUACCAACGCGAGUGACGCGCAAGGUUGCGGUCGUUCCCCGGAUUUAUGGAAUUAUAUAUUCCACGUCCCUCUCGUAUAUAACAUAUCGGCCCCUUGUGACACUCUCCCAGGAAAUAGAGACAGCAAAGUGCAAGCAAGCAACUCCCUACCUACAUAUCAUACGAGCAGUAAAGCAUCGCCCUCGCCAGCCAUUCCCGGUCCACGUCUGCCCUUCCGCCUGCUCGGUUCCUCAGUGAUCAGAAGAUCCGUCCCCACAGUCUUCACCCGCACCUACAUCCUCUCCCCGCCAACAAUGUCUGCCCCCAUCAUGGAGAACCCCCUGCACGUCAUCGUCGUCGGCGCCGGCCUCGGCGGUCUGGCCGCGGCAAUCGCAAUCCGCCAGUCCGGGCACCAAGUCACGGUCUGCGAGCAAGCACCGGCACUCGGCGAGGUCGGAGCCGGAAUCCAGAUCCCGCCCAACUCGGCGCGCAUCCUGGAGCGCUUCGGCAUCGGCGAGGAGAUCCGCCGGCUGUCGGUGCUCCCGCAUGCGUUCGUCAUGCGCUCGUAUAAGGGCCCCGAGCUCAACCGUCAGCCCAUGCUGCCGUACUGCGAGGAGACGUACAAGGCCCCCUACCUGCACAUUCACCGUGCCGACUUCCACAACGUCAUGAUCAAGCGGGCGGAGGAGAUUGGUGUUAAGGUUGUGCUCAACGCCCAUGUCAACGAGAUCGACUUCUCGGCCCCGAGCGUUACGCUCGCCACCGGCGUGACUAUGACUUGCGACCUCGUCGUUGCCGCGGACGGGCUCAAGAGCAAGUGCCGCGAGCUGUACGUCGGGCACGCGGACCCGCCGCACAACACGGGCGAUCUUGCGUACCGCAUUCUCGUCAAGGCGUCCGACAUGAAGAAGGACCCGGAUUUGGCGCAGUUGACGGAGGUGCCCGUCAUCAACUACUGGAUGGGCCCUGGUGCGCACGCGGUCUGCUACCUGCUCAAGGGAGGCGAGUUGUACAACAUUGUCCUCGUGUGCCCCGACAACCUGCCCGAGGGUAUGGCGCAGCAGGAUGCCGACCUCCAGGAGCUGAGGGAUAUCUUCGCUACCUGGGACAUCAGGCUGCAGAAGCUGCUGGAGCUUGUGCAGAAGACGUUCAAGUGGAAGCUGCAGAACUCCAAGGAGAUGGACUCCUGGGUGCACCCCGAGGGCAAAUUCUGCCUGCUCGGCGACGCCUGCCACGCGACACUCCCCUACCUCGCGCAAGGCGCCGCACAAGCCGUCGAGGACGGCGGCGUUCUCGGCGGGCUCCUGGCACACGUCACCGCCGCGGACAAGGACAACCUUCGGCCGCUGCUGGACUCAUACGAGCGGCUGCGCAAGGCGCGCACCACCGCGGUGGUGCAGGGCUCCACCGACCUGCAGAACGUCUUCCACCUGCCUGACGGCGCCAAGCAGCAGGAGCGCGACCGCAUCAUGCUUGAGGACAACCCCACCGAGGGCUUCCCAAACAGGUGGAGAGACCCAGUGUUCCAGAAGUUCCUGUUCGCGUACGAUGCGUUUGGCGAGGCCGAGAAGGCCUGGGAGGUCCUCGCGGAGGAGUACAAGCGAGGUGAGUAAACUCGCUGCUGUGCGGAUGUGCAAAUGGUGGAUCAGCGGUUUGACUUGCGGAUGUGCGCGGCAGUCAGGAGGUCGGUGUUGAGUAGAUUGUAAAAUGGCGGGGGAUAUGUUUGUGCUCGGAUUUGGAUUUUUUUUUGUACUGUAUAUAUCGCGUGGAGUUUAGGAUGAAUGGACAUGGAAUGGACUUGGUUGGGUUCAAAAUUUCGAAGUUGGUUACCUGGAUACAUUGUCGUUUCGUCUAGAGCUUUAUGGUGGAUUGUCUCUUCGGCAUCGGAUCAAUGCUGUGGGAUAGACAUUGAGGUCACUGUUUGGAUGAAGAAGGCUCAAUCACAGCUAGAGUCGUAUCAGGGUG